UGCCUUCACAAUGUGGAAUAUAUACUGUAUGGUUUUUUUGUCAAUCGCUUUUUAUUGACAGAGGUUAUAGCCGUUUUCCAUCCAUGUUAGUGUAAAGACAGAAAUGAAGAGCGGAACUAAUGUGUAGUGAAGUAGUUGCCCGUAGGUCCCUUUUUAGGUGUGGGUAUUUCCUCCCCCUCCCCUCAGAGGAAACUUGGGAAGCUUCAAGGAUUGUUCGUGUCUUCACUCUUCUUAAACAUUGCCUGUGUUUUCCAGGGGUUAGACUAUGAACACAACCUUUUGUCUACUGAACUCACACGCCUGUGAGACCGGUAACAAAUAGUGGGGGCUCGUCCGGGAUCUCUCGUCCACUUAAGCGGAGGAGCUGAUCCAGAGAUAUCAGAACCGUAAAACCAGGGUGACUGCAGCCUACAAGGGAGCCAGCAGGUGUCCACAGUGAGCAGGAUUCCAGCAUCACAGAGGGAGCCGUGCUGUUUAACCAGGGGCCACCAGCCAUCCCGCGAGCACAUCUGAUUCAAAAAGAUCACGUUGUAAAACUACUAAACUCUCCACCAUGACAGGCGCGCGUAAGGAAAUGGUGUGGAGUAUCAAAAAGAACUUGUUUCGGCUCUCAAGUGCCGAUCUUCACCAAGUAGCAAGGAGCAUUGCAGCCGAUGAACAAGACUUUGUCAAGACAAAUGUAAGCGAUGAUGAGGGUGCCAUGGACUUUAUCAUCACCUAUCUUCAGUCCCCCGCCUUUCUGGAACUGGAAGAUGAAGGUAUGGGCAAUUUGUUGAUGCUGAAUGAUUUAAUCCGUCAGAUGAUUUCCUGCGUUGCUGCUGAUUUACCUGUAAAUGUAGACAGUGAUGUUGUACAUGUUUCGCCUAGCGCCACCCCACUCACUGUAACUACAGGCACUUCAUUACCAUCAUCAUACCAACAUUCCUACAACACAGUCACAAAGCUAUAUGCUAAUAAUGCUACUAACUUAAGCUGUGACACAACUUCACAGUCAGUAGGAGAACUUAGAAGAGUGUAUGAUGAGUUAGGUGAAAGGCUUAGACAGUAUGAGGCUGAAGGUAUUGCUCAACCCACUACACCCAACCUUGUAAGACCACAUCAGAUGACUGAGAGGUUAGUUCCCUUUAACGACCUCACCUAUUUUCAGUGCCGAGAAUUUAAAGUACAUGGUGGACAAAUUGCAGAUCAUACAUCAGACAUUAGCUACAACAAUGUUUGCAAACAAAUUAAUGAAGGGGUUAAAGAGGGUUUUACAGGGCCAGAAGUAGUCAGAGGGGUUUUAAGGGUUGUUAAACCAGGCACUUUUCGAGACAUGCUUGUAAACAAAGAUGAAAUUAGCAUCCCUGAACUCAAGGGCUUCCUAAGGUCCCACCUAGGUGAAAAAGCAACCACCGAAAUGUUCCAGGAGCUAAUGUGUGCUCGACAAACUGAACAUGAGUCACCCCGACAGUUCCUUUAUCGCAUGAUUGGGCUAAAACAAAAAUUGUUAUUUCAGUCAAGGCAGGCUGGCACAGACGUUUCUUAUGAUCCAAAGACAAUCCAGGAAGUGUUCCUCCACACAAUUUACCAGGGGUUUGGAGCCAAAUAUGCUGACCUUCGGCAGAGACUGAGGCCCAUCAUUUCUAACCAUCAAAUAAGCGAUGAAGAAAUCCUCAGCCAUGUCAUGAAAAUCAUUAAUGAUGAAAAUGAACACCUUCGUAGACUUGGUCAAACAACCCGUCAGAAAACAAUACAUGCUAACAGUGCCAAAGUGGACACAGAGGGCCAUUGUUAUGAACAAGGUAGAGAUGCAACUGUAAAUAGCACAAACACACAGACACUGGAGCAACUCAGUGACCAAGUCGCUAACCUGACACAACUGGUGACAACACUGAUGGAACGGCAAGCGGUUAGCACCCAUACCCCCGCACUGCCAAUCCGACCACAAGCCCCGUCUAAUUUUGUCUCACAGCCUCUAGUCAAUCGACAGCCCCAACAACCCCCAGCUCAAAAUCCAAGUCAAAGCAAGAUAAGAACAGCUUUCUGCUGUAAAUGCACUGAACAGAAUGUGCCCGAGUGUAACCACUGUUUCACGUGUGGACAAGCUGGACACAGAGCAGUGGGGUGUUUGAAGCGGAUUAAGUUUCAGUUAAACGAAAUGCGGUCUCUGUCGAGGGACAGCCAGAGUCCAAUGCACAACUCAAGUCCCCACCAAUAAGCUUAGCCACUGAACUCGUAACACAAAGAACUAAAAGUGACAGAGGCAAAACAGAAAUGGUUUCAGGCAAUCGUACCCCAAUUCCCGUAGCACCUUUGGUUGGUAAUAAAAGUCUGUUGGAUUGCCUAAUAAGUGGCUAUCCCGUAAGUGUCCUAUUUGAUUCAGGCUCCCAGGUGAGCAUAAUUGAUCGUGAUUGGGCAAAUACACACAUUCCUAACUAUGCAGUAAGGCCACUCAAGGAACUUAUUGAGGAGAACCUGGAUGUUUAUGCGGUAAAUGGACAAGCAAUCCCCUAUGAUGGGUGGGUUGAAUUUACUGUUAAUCCGGCAGGAAAUGAUAAUCCAAACCUAACUAUACAAGUCCCAUUCCUAGUCAGCCAGUUGUCGCUAUCCCAGCCACUUGUAGGUGCAAAUGUGAUUGAGGCAAUCAUCAAGAGAUCGGAGUCAUCUGGGGAUGCAGCCGCCAGGGUUACCAGCCUCCUAUGUCGCGCAUUUAAGAUGGAAGCAGAUGAAAUAAAAGCCAUGGUAAACAUUCUCCAGGUUCCCCAUGAAGCAAACUGCGACCAAGUCACAGUGAGGGUAGGAAAAGAUAACAUCAUCAUCCCAGCUGGAAAAACUGUACAUGUGUGGUGUAGAAUACCGCAAAACUUCAACACCUCAGACCCACUAGUCCUGUAUGAACCCAUGGAGGAAAACACAGCUUUAAGACAGUUCAGUGUAGGAGAGGGUGUUUUAGAGAUCUACAACAGUCAACGACCUUACAUAAAAAUACCUGUUCCCAACCAUUCAAAACAUGACAUUAUUUUACCAAAGAGAACUGCCAUGGAGACUAUACAACACAUUGACAAAAUUUUAGAGAAAGAUACACCAGACACCCGGCAGACUGCACAGACAAAUGCAAAAUAUAGUGCAACUGAGGUAAGGGCAGUCUCUUCAAAAAACCCUGUUGAGCAUUGGUUGCCCCCUGUCGAUCUCAACCACCUGAGUCUCGAACAACAAGAACUAGUGAAGAAAGUACUUUGUGAGGAGUCAGGUGCAUUUUCCCGUACUAGUGAUGACAUCGGUUGCAUCCCGUCCCUUCAAAUGGAGGUCAUAGUCAAAGAUGACAUUCCAGUUCAAAAGUCCUAUGCAUCAAUCCCAAAACCCCUUUACAAAGAAGUAAAAGAGUACCUUCAAGAGCUUUUAGUGAAGGGAUGGAUUUUUAAGUCCCGGUCUCCUUAUGCAGCCCCAGUCAUAUGUGUAAGAAAAAAAGAUGGCACCUUACGGCUAUGUAUAGACUAUAGGCUUCUGAAUAAUAAAACUGUACCUGACAGACACCCCUUGCCCAGGAUCCAGGACCUCACUGACUCCCUGGGAGGUUACAACUGGUUCUCAAUUCUCGAUCAAGGAAAAGCUUACCAUCAGGGCUUCAUUGCCGAGGGGUCAAGAUAUCUGACGGCAUUCACAACUCCUUGGGGUCUGUACGAAUGGGUCAGGAUCCCAUUUGGACUAUCAAAUGCCCCAGCUGCAUUCCAAAGGAGCAUGGAGGAGAUGCUCAGCGCCCUCCGAGACGAAUGCUGCAUCCCUUACCUCGACGAUGUGCUGUGUUAUGCCAAAUCAUUUGACGAGCACUUGGAGGUGCUGCGCAAAGUCCUCCAAGCUUUACAACGACAUGGAGUGAAGUUAAAACCUGAGAAGUGUGAGUUAUUUCGCAAAGAGGUCCGGUAUGUUGGUCGACUAGUUUCAGCUGAAGGUGUGAGAGUUGAUCCCAAAGACCUAGAAGCUGUCCAGGCACUGGCACAAAAGACACCACAGACAGUUGGAGAUGUCAGGCAGUUAAUGGCAUUUUUGAGUUACUAUCGGACAUAUGUGCAGGAUUUCUCAAGAAUAGCAAAACCUUUGUAUGACCUGCUCCAGGUGAGGAUCGACAACCAACAGCCUCAUGCGCCACAUGGAAAGAACAAGAGUGCCCAGCAGUCAUCUCAAACGCCAGUGAACUGGUGUGAGGAUCACCAAAGAGUCCUGGAAAGCCUAAUUGACAUGCUCACCAAACCCCCAGUACUGGCCUACCCCGAUUUUGACAGCCCUUUUGUUCUCCACCCAGAAAGGCUUAGGAGCAGUUCUCUAUCAGAAGCAAAAUGGAAAGAUGAGGAUUAUUGGAUAUGGUUCACGUACAUUGACACCAGCAGAGCAGAAUUACCAUCUACAUAGUGGGAAGCUUGAGUUUUUAGCCCUGAAGUGGGCAGUGUGUGAUAAAUGUAGGGAUUAUCUGUUUUACGCACCCCACUUCACGGUCUACACAGACAACAAUCCUUUGACAUAUGUGCUUAGCACUGCCAAACUCAAUGCUGUGGGUUACCGUUGGGUGGGUCAGCUGGCGGAUUUCAAUUUUGAUAUAAAAUAUAGACCCGGCAGAAGUAACAUCGAUGCAGACACUUUGUCUCGCUGCCCCUUGGAUAUUGGAUCCUUAAUAGAUGAGUGUUCCGAAGAACUAUCUCAAGAAGCGGUAGGUGCAAUAUGGGAAGGAGGUCGGCGAGGCCAACAAGGGGAUGUAGCCUGGGUGGCAGCUCUUAACUUUAUAUCUGAGGAACAACCCCAAACAGAACCUCUGCCACAGAUAAGUCAUGACGAGUUGGUCAGAGAACAAAGGAAAGAUGCAGGAGUUGGAAAAGUUAUGGAACUUAAAGAGAAAGACAUGACACUCACACAGGUGGACAAACUUAAAACUGACAUAAACAUCAGAAAACUGUUACGAGAAUGGAAUAGACUAGUUAUAGAGGAUGACCUUCUUUAUAGGAAGACUAAAGAAAGAAGACAACUAGUAAUUCCCGCCACCUAUAAGCAGACAGUUCUUGUCCACCUUCACAACCGCAUUGGGCCAUAUAGGUGUCGAAAAGGUGCUAAACUUAGCAAGAGCCAGGUUCUACUUGCCUUUCAUGAAAAGGGAUAUUGAAGAGUAUGUAGCUAAAAAGUGCCCCUGUAUCAAGCAGAAAAAACCCACAUUGCACGAAAGAGCACCCAUGAGUAACAUUACAUCAAACUCACCUUUGGAGCUCGUGUGUAUUGACUUUCUGCAUUUAGAAGCUAGCCGUGGAGGGUUUGAGUACAUUUUGGUUGUUAUAGACCAUUUCACUCGUUUUGCACAGGCCUAUCCCACCCGUAAGAAAGCUGGCAAGACAGCAGCCGAUCGACUGUUCAAUGACUUCAUCCCUAGAUUUGGGUACC